AUGCAAAAUGUUGCCCAGAUUGGUGGCCAAGUUAUUGCACUUGCUGUCGCAGGACAGAUCUACCGAUCGCGGGCCAUUGAAAAUCUGCGUUCUACUCUUGCUGGCCACGGAUACUCUUACUCAGAAAUUUGGAGCGCGGUGGCCGGUGCGCAGAGUACAUUGUUUGAGGAGCUGGAGGGUACACUAUGGGAUCGAGCAAUUGAUGCCAUCUCGCAGGCAAUGCGGAUGACGUUUGUGCUAGUUCCCGUUGCUGGAGCCGUUAUGUUUGUUGCGGCAAUGUUCAUGAAAUGGGAGAAGCUUUUCGGCCAUGGUGUUGCUGUAGGUGGUUAA